AUGAAGGUUAAGAAAGAUAAUCCAAAUUAUAAAAAAAGGAUAAAUCCUUCCACGUAUUCUAUAUUUUUUUUUCUUUUUUUCAAAAGAUUAAAAAAUUAUGUUCUAGAGAGAUUAAAAGAUGUAAUCAAAUCUGAUAAUCAUAAAAAAGAAUGUAGCGAUUUAAACUAUGAGUUAGAUGACGUACAAGAACUGUUUAUUACAAGUGAUAUUCUAACUAUUCCUAAAUAUGCUAGACAAAAUUCAUGGAACACACAUAUUGAAAAAUAUUUAAAAGAUACGUUGCUUGAAGAAUCUCAAAAUAAAUGUAAAAGAAUUUAUCCCUUUUAUCAAAGGGUUCAAAGAAUCAGAAGAAAAAUGUUAGAAGAUUAUUGUUAUGAAAGGGAUAAAAAAAGAAUUGAAGCAAUGAAUUCUGGUGAUCAUACGCAAUCUUGUUGGGAUUUUAAUGAAUGGGUUAUUAAGAAACAAAACGAAAUUACUACUAAAUUUGAUUAUGAUAUACAUGGUCCUAAUAAAUUUAAGAGUCCAUAUCAUAUAGACAGUGGUUGUACGUUGAGAAAUCUUUCCACAUUAUUUAAAUUAAUAGAGUGUCAAAAAGAAAAGGAUCAAGAAAAGGAUUCAGAUCAACCUAAAAAUGAGGAUGACAAUGGUUCUACUGAAGAAGAUCCAGAUGUUGUUGAAGAUAGUGAUGAAGAUAAAAGAGAAGGGGGUGAUAAUGGUGAUACGGGAAAACCUAAUGAUCAUAGCGAUAGAAUUUAUACAAAAGCAAAUCUUAAAGUACAUGACUAUUCUGGUUUUCCCUCAUUGUUCAAUUUAAGAUUGGAUACAUUAACAUCUGAAAAUUCUCUAAUACUUCCUAGAUUGAGUCUUGAUAUAUUUAAAAAUUUUAUUUUGAAUUUGCUUACAAUGGGAGAUUCAAGUAUUACAUCUUCAGGAGAAAGCGUUAGAUAUCCUAUGGAAAUACGCAUUCCCCAUAAUAACAUUAGAGUCCUACCAGAUUCAGUUUUGCCUAAAAUUACUCCUAUUAAUAAUCCUCCUUCACAGAUAAUGCCAUAUUUUGUAUUUAUCCCUAUAGGUUUGGUAAUUGUACUAAUUUCCAUUAUACUGAAUAUAAUGCAAAAAAAAAAACAAAUGAUACCAGUGAAAGUAAAAGAAAAAAUUAAAGUGAGAAGUAAGGUUCCUUCUGCUGAGCAUAUAAGAAUAGAAGAAUUAGAAAAGUUACGUCAAGGCAUAAGAGAAACAAAAAUAGAAAAAUUAAAAAAAAAAAUUCAUGUUCCAACAAAAAUUGAUAUUAUAGAGGAGCCUUAUAAAAUUAAAUUGUUAGAAAGAAAGAAAUGGUUAUGGAAAACAAUUAUAGAAAUACAUAUGUUAAUUUUGGAAGAACAAAGAAAAGCAGAAUGGGAAUUUAAUAAAGGAGAUUUUUUAAAUAUAUGCAUUUACGAAUUUUCAAAUCAGGAAAAAAAACCAGAUACAAAUAUAAUAACAAGUGAUUUAUCAUUUGAUGAACCAGAAGUUAUAGAAAAUAUACAUAUGGUGAAUAAGCAAAGCGAUAUAUGGUAUAGAUGGGUUGAACGACAUGCACAUAUGUUAGAAAAAUGGAAAGAAGAAGCAUGGUUUUUAAGAUUAAAAGAGAGUUGGAGAGAUGAAGAAGAUGAAUAUAUGAAAAGAGCUUAUAAAGAAUUAUUAAUUAGUUUAAGAGGUGAUAAAUAUCAUAUGUCUCAAAGGCAAAAAAUUAUUUGGAGAAAAUGGAUUGCAAAACAUCCAUAUAGAGUCAGAGAAUUUGUUAUAGAUAAAUGGUUUAAUCAAUUAUUUGAAGAACUAGAAAAGGAAGGAAUCAUAUCUGAUGAGGCCAUAAGAAAUUUUUUAUCUCAAUAUGAAGAAGCAUAUGAUGAAGAAAAAAUCCAAGAAUUUAUAAAAUAUAAAAAGAAAGUGUUGGUGGUUAUAUUAUGGAUAAAAAUAUAUAUGUCAAUGUUGGAGGAAUAUGUAAAGGAAGAAGAUAUAGAAAGUGAAAAGUUAUUUAUUGAUACAUCUUUGGAAGAAUUAAAAAAGAAAAAAGAAAUAGAAGAAGAAGUGUUAGAAGAUUUGAAAAAAGAUAUAUAUGAAAGCGAUGAAAUGAAAGAAAUUGAAAAGUAUAAAGGAGAAGAUUGGUUUAAGCAAAUGCAACAAGAUUGGAUUAGGAGAGAUUAUAAAUUUGUUUCGUCAUAUAAUUUAGAAAGUGACGAUGAAGAACAGUUUCAUGAAUCUGUUAAAAAACCAACAGUGGAAAUACAGAAAGAUUUAUUAAAAGAACAAUGGAAAAAUAUAGAAGUGAAAUGGAUUAAUGAAGAUAAUUAUGAUGAAUAUGUGUUAGAAGAUGAAUUGUUAAAAAAAACGAAAUAUAUAAAACCUAAAGAUAAAAUGAAACAUAGAAUAAUUAAAGAGGAUGAUAUUUAUAGUGAACAAUUAAAAGUUUUUGAUGAAAUAGAAAAAAGGAGCAUUUAUUUGUCGAGUAAAAGGGUAUUGAAAUGGAAAACCAUCAUUGAAAUACAUUUGGAGGUAUUACAUGAUUGUAAAAAGGAAGAGUGGGAUAAUAAUAAAGGGGACUUUUUAAAUAUAUGUAUAGAAGAAUUGGUAAAGGGACAAAAUGAAGAUAAAAAAAAUAAGGAAAAUUAUAAUUAUAUAACAAAUGUAAGGGAUAAUUACGAUAUAGUGGAAUAUACCAAAUCAUUUUGUAAUACGUGGAAAGAUAGACACAAUUAUAUGUUAGAAAAAUGGAAUAAAGAAAAUUGGUUUGUUCAAUUGAAAAAUGAUUGGGUGGAGGAACAAAAUGAAUACAUGAGAAAGACAUACAAAGAAUUAUUAAUUAGUCUUAAGGGUGACAAAUAUAAUAUGUCGCAGAGACAAAAAAUAAUUUGGAAAAAAUGGAUUGCAAAACAUCCUUACAAAAUAAAUGAAGAAAUUAUAAAUAUAUGGUUAAAUCGGUUAUCGGAUGAGAUAGACAAAAAUGGUAUUAUUAGUGACGAAGCUAUAAAAAAAUUUUUAUCUUUAGAAAAAGAUAUAUCGGAUAAGGAUUUCCUUAAAUAUAGGAGGAAAAAAUUAGAAGUAAUUUUAUGGAUAAAAAUAUAUAUGUCUGUUUUGGAAGAACAGAAAAAUGAAGAAUUAGAAAAAAGUAAGGAGUCCUUUUUAAAUACAUGCAUAGAUGAGUUAAAAAAGGAAGAAUAUUCUGAAGAAAAUGAAAGAAUGAUAACAAUAGUUGAUGAAAUGAAAAAGGGAUUUCGUAUAUGUGAUAAGGUAGAAGAUUACAAAAAAAAAAAAUGGAAAAAUGAAGAAUGGUAUAAGGACUUAAAGAAAGAAUGGAUAAAAGAAGAAGAUAAAUAUAUAGAUGCCAUGGAUUUAAUGAAAAAGGAUGAAAUGUAUGAGGAUGAUUUGUUGAAUAAAUCCAUUGUAGAAUUAGAAAAAAGUGUGUCAUUAAAACAUUGGAAAGAUAUGUAUAUAAAAUGGAUUGAUGAAGAUAACGAGAGAGAUUGGUUACGUAUUGCAAUAGAUAAAAAAAAUUUAAAAACAGACGAAAUAAAUGAAGAUAUAAAUAGAAUGAUAGAAUUAAAUAUGUUGGAAGAUUAUUCAAAUGAUUUGUAUGAUAAAAAAAAAAUAAAAUGGAAAACUAUCAUCGAAAUACAUAUGGAAGUUUUGAAUGACUGCAAAAAUGAUGAAUGGGAAAUGAAUAAAGGAGACUUUUUAGAUAUAUGCUUAGAAGAAUUUGGAACUAUGGAAAACAAGGAAUAUUCCCAUAUUAUAAAUAACAUGUUGAUGGUAGGAGAACUAGAAUAUAAACAUUUGAAUAUGGAUGUAAUAGAAAGACAAAACGAUUUGUGGAACAAAUGGAUAGAAGGACACAGAUAUAUGUUAGAAAAAUGGAAAAAAGAAAAAUGGUUUAUUGUAUUGAAAGAGAAUUGGAAAAAUGAAGAGCAUAAAUAUAUGAGAAAGGCUUAUUUAGAAUUGUUGAUGAGUUUAAGAGAGGAUGUUAAAAAUCCGCUGUUACAAAGGCAAAAAAUUAUAUGGAGAAAAUGGAUUGCAAAAAAUUUAUAUCAUAUAGAAUCAAAUGUUAUAAAAAAAUGGUUUGAUACAUUAUUAGAAGAAAUUGAAAGAAAAGGAGUUAUUGAAUUAGAUGGAUGUAUAAAUUUAAUAGAGAUGGAAGAAAAUGAAGAAUAUUUGGAAUAUUUAAAAGAAUAUAGAAAGAAAAAAUUAAUAUGUAUCAUAUGGAUAAAAAUAUAUAUGAUGAUAAUUGAGGAACACAAAAAGGAGGAAUAUUUGGAAUGUAAGGAAAUAUUUUUGGAUACUUGUGUGGAUGAGUUGAGAGAGCAAGAAAUUUUGGAGGGUAACGAAUUAUAUAUGGAUGAUAUGAAAACAAGUAUCCUAUUAAAUGAUCAAAAAGAAGAAAUAGAAAAAUUAAAAAUGAAAAAAUGGUAUAAAGAUUUGAAGAAAGAAUGGAUAAUUGAAGAAAAUAGAUAUUUCAGAUCAAUAAUAAAUGAAGAAGAUGAUGAAGAAUAUAAAAAUAUGAUAAGCAAGCCAUUAAGAGAUGUUGAGAAAAAAAUAUCAAAAAAGCAUUGGGAAGAUAUUCAAUUAAAAUGGAUAGAUGAAGAUAAUGAAAGGGAUUGGUUAAAAAUUGCAAGGAAUGAAAAUGAUGAAGAUAAUUACGCUUAUGAGUAUGUAAGGAAUAGGAGGAAAAAAUACAUGGAUGUUUAUAGUGAAUAUUAUAAAAGGAAUAGAAAAAAAAGUGGAGAUAAAAUAAGUGGAAAUGAAAUAAGUGGAAAGAUAAAUAAAAUAAAUACAGAAAAGGAAAUAUUCAAUUAUGAUAUUAUUAAAGAGGAUAACAACAAUAAUGAUUAUAUGAAUAAUUAUAUGUAUUAUAAUGAUAUGGAAAAUACCUAUGAAGAAGGAAAUGACUAUAGAAGAAAGGAUGAAUAUUUUGAUAUUUGCUUUGAUUUAUUGAAAAAUGGAAAUAUGUAUUAUACAAAUUUAUGGAUAGAAAAUAAAACGACUGAUGAUUCAUAUGAAUAUUUAGAUAAGAUGUUAAAUAAAAUGUUGGAGAAACAUAAAUUUUUGUUAUAUAAUAUGAAAGAAAGAAAUAAGGAAUUAAUUUAUGAAUGGGAAACAGAGGAAUGGUUUAUUAAUUUGUGGAAUGAUUGGAAUGAAGAAAGAAAUAAUCAUAUGAAAGGUAUAAUGCCAUAUAAAUACAAUAUUACAAAAUUUGUUGAAGAAGAAAAAAAAAUAUGGAAGGAAUGGAUAUCAAAAAUUAUAAAUAAUAUUGGGGAAUGGGAGCAUGAAUACUGGUUUAAUGAUUUAUUAGAAAGAUAUGAAAUGCAUGCAAUUGAUUUUAGUGAUGAAAUAUAUAGUAUAGAAUUAGAAAAUUAUUUGAAAGAGAAAAUAUUAAAAAUAGCGUUGCUAAUGAAUAUAUUUAUGGCAAUAUUAGAUACAAGUUUUAAUGAAGAAAGUGAGCGGAACAAUGGAUAUUUUACAAAAUCAGAAAUGGAACAUAUGGAGUAUGAUAAGAUAUAUGAUUUGAAUGAUGAAGAGGAAAAAAAAAUUUCUAUUUGUGAAGCAGAUGAUGAAAAUAUAUAUGAAAAGGCGGAUACUGAAGAUGAGGAGGAAAAAAUGAAAAUAAGAAAAUGGUUUGAAAAAUGUAUAACCGAAACACAAAAUGGAGAGAUAAUAAAAAAUGAUAAAAUGAGAAAAGGAUCAUUUCCAAAAGAAUUAAAAGAAAAAGGAAUUAUGAGUGAAAACUUAGAAGGUGAAAUUUCUGUAUAUAAUAAACAAAUGAUAAAACAGAAAAUGAAUAUAUUAAAAGAAAGUUAUAGUAGAAAUGAGGAUAAUAAAUCUACGUUAUGA